UUUUAAAAAAUUUUUUGAUCGAAAACUUUCUUAAAGAUUCAAGAUCUGCAAAGCCCGGUCUAUGCGAAAACCCGGCUGGCGGGUAGCUUUAUCUGUUUGAUUUGAGCUGAUUUUAAAAAACGGCCAACUUAAUCACACAAGCCUGAAGAUUUGGCCAAUAGAUGGCACAAGAAAAGAAAAUGUCAAACAGGCUAGAAUUUUUGGAUAAAAGUUUCGUGGAAAAUGGGUUGACGCUUUUGAAAUUCGUUAUGGAAUAUCAUAAUAAUAUCAGGAAAUUUUCUGUCAGGCCAACGCCAGCAUUGAAACCAGGAUAUUUGAGGAACAUUCUGCCUUCAAAGGCUAACGAUCAACCUGUGGAUUUUGCCAACUUGUAUUCGGAUAUAAUUAACAUAAUUUUGCCUGGGAUCGUGCACUGGCAAAGUCCGAAGUUUCAUGGAUUUUUUCCUGCUGGGUGCUCAUACCCCUCCUUAUAUGCUGAUAUAAUAUCUGCAGCCUUUAGCUGCAUAGGCUUUAAUUGGACUGCGAGUCCCAUAUACACGGAAUUAGAAAUAGUAAUGGUUGAUUGGAUGGCGAAAGAAAUGGGUCUUCCAAAAAAAUUCCUGUUUGAAUCAAAGUCAGGAGGGGGAGGUAUAAUUCAGGGCUCAGCAAGUGAAGGGGUUACGGUAUCGAUAAUAGCUGCUAGAGAGAAAAAAAUUUCGGAAAUUCUUGAAGACUCGUCUCAAAAUCUUACUUACUAUGAAAUUUUAUCCAAACUAAGGGCCUAUACAUCUGAUCAAACCCAUUCAUCAGUAAUAAAAUCAGCUCGGAUGAGUGCUGUAACGAUGACCAUAAUUGAAUCUGAAAGUGAUUUGAAAUUAGGAGAAGCUCGUUUGCUAGAACAUAUUAAAAGAGACACAGAUCAAGGCUUAAUCCCAUUUUUUGUGGCUGUUAACAUUGGUACAACAAAUACUUGUGCGUUUGAUGAUGUUGAAAUUAUUGGAAAAAUAUGUCAAGAUCGCAAAAUUUGGCUUCAUAUAGAUGCUGCAUAUGGUGGAGUUUUAUUUUUUCUAGAAGAAUAUCGUAAAAUCCUUCCUAAAAUUGAUUUGACACAAUCGCUCACCUUUAAUCCUCACAAACUGAUGGACGUAUGUUACGAUUGCUCUAUAUUAUGGAUAGAAGAUGGCAACCUAUUGAAAUCAGCCCUAGGUAUAAAUCCUGCAUAUUUAAAAAAUGACGUAGAAGCCAUUGUUGAAUUCAAGGAUUGGCAGAUAGGUCUUGGUCGACGAUUUCGUUCUUUGAAAAUAUACUUCCACAUCAAGCUAUUGGGAAUGGAACACAUUAGAUCUCAAAUUAGAAAUAAUAUCAGAUUAGGUGAGUAUUUUGAAUCUGUGGUACUAAAAGAUAGGCGCCUGUUUAUACCGUAUCCCCUUGCGUGUGGAAUGCUCUGCUUUAAUUUAAAGGAUUCCGAUCUUCUAACUAGGAUUUUGUUCAAAAAGCUAAUCGAACAAGAUAUAUAUCUGACAUCUACAGAGGUCAAAGGGCGUUUACUCAUAAGAUUUCCUGUAGGUUGUUCAAAAGUCGAUAAAGUAGAUUUAGAUGACUCGUGGAAAUUAAUCUCUGAAGUUUUAGAUAAUGUUUUAGAUGGGAGAGAAUCUUAAUUAAAUUUUUUUACAGAACCUACAUUCAUAUUU